ACGACUGCUUUCUGAGGACAGCUUUUGUUUUGCUAGUUUAAUGUCAAUGCUUAAUGUAUGUUUUCCUCUUUUAUUUAGCUACUAGACAUGUACCAGUUGAAACACCAAGAUGGAUUAAGUAGGUUUUCCAGUUUAACGCUAAUAAGACGUUCGUUUUUCAAUAUCGGUGGCUUUUGCUGAGUAGCUGUAGCACAUAACUAGCUAGCAAGCCACCAGCUAGCAGUUAGCUAAUGUGAGUGUUAUCAUCGCGAGUUGCAAACUUCUAACCGGCUGUUCGUAAUCCUCAAAAAUAAGCAGAAACCUUUUGUUUUAUCGGUGCCGAGUAGCAGGCAGCUCAUUUUGCCGAGCGGUCAUGCUGGAGGACUGACUUUAACGAUGGCAUUAGCUGUUGGCUGCACCCUGAUAACUGUUUCAUCCGGAUGAGUUAGCUAGCAACAAUGACUUGUAAAUCAACCAAAGUGGCCCCGAGUGUUGAUUUUGACCACAGCUGCUCCGACAGUGUGGAAUAUCUGACCCUCAACUUUGGACCAUUUGAGACUGUCCAUCGAUGGAGGAGACUGCCUCCAUGUGAUGAGUUUGUCGGAGCAAGACGGAGCAAACACACUGUUGUGGCAUAUAGAGAUGCAAUAUAUGUAUUUGGGGGAGACAAUGGGAAGAACAUGCUGAAUGAUCUGCUUCGCUUUGAUGUGAAAGACUGUUCAUGGUGUCGAGCUUUCACAACUGGAACUCCACCUGCUCCCAGGUAUCACCAUUCGGCUGUUGUUUACGGCAGUAGCAUGUUUGUUUUUGGGGGCUACACUGGAGACAUCUAUUCAAACUCAAACCUGAAAAACAAAAAUGAUCUGUUUGAGUACAAGUUUGCUACUGGACAGUGGACUGAAUGGAAGGUGGAUGGAAGUUUGCCAGUUGCGAGAUCUGCACAUGGAGCCACAGUCUACAGUGACAAACUGUGGAUAUUUGCAGGCUAUGAUGGGAAUGCAAGGCUGAAUGACAUGUGGACCAUCAGCCUUCAGGAUCGAGAACAUGCAUGUUGGGAAGAGAUUGAUCAGAGUGGUGAGAUUCCUCCAUCUUGCUGCAACUUUCCCGUAGCAGUUUGCAGGGACAAGAUGUUUGUAUUUUCUGGUCAGAGUGGAGCCAAAAUCACCAACAACCUCUUCCAGUUUGAAUUCAAGGGCCACAUGUGGACACGCAUCCCGACUGAGCACUUACUACGAGGUUCACCUCCACCUCCUCAGAGACGUUAUGGUCAUACUAUGGUUGCCUUUGACCGUCAUCUCUAUGUAUUUGGAGGUGCUGCUGACAACACGUUGCCCAAUGAGCUCCACUGCUACGAUGUAGACUCUCAGACCUGGGAGGUGAUACAGCCCAGCCUGGACAGUGAGAUGCCCAGUGGGAGACUGUUCCAUGCUGCUGCAGUGAUUCAAGAUGCCAUGUACAUUUUUGGGGGCACUGUGGACAACAAUGUGCGAAGUGGAGAGAUGUACAGAUUCCAGUUUUCGUGCUACCCAAAGUGUACACUUCAUGAGGAUUAUGGAAGACUGUGGGAGAAUCGUCAGUUCUGUGAUGUGGAGUUUAUUCUGGGCGAGAGGGAGGAGAGAGUCUUGGGGCAUAUUGCCAUAGUGACUGCAAGAUGUCAGUGGCUGCGGAAAAAAAUCCUGCAGGCUCGGGAUAGGCAGCGACAGAAGACAAAACAGGACAGCAGUGAGGAAAGUGACGAGGGGGCAACUGGAGGCCCGAGAGAUAUCCCAGGAGGUAGCAGGCCAUCGAGCACACAGCCACUGCUGGAGGUUUCCAUCAGGGAGGCAGAAGCCCAGCCUUUUGAAGUCUUAAUGCAGUUCCUUUAUACAGAUAAGAUCCAGUACCCACGCAGAGGCCAUGUUCAGGAUGUUCUCCUAAUCAUGGACGUAUACAAACUCGCUCUUAGUUUUAAGCUGUCACGUCUGGAGCAGCUAUGUGUGCAGUACAUCGAGGCCUCUGUUGACCUGCAGAACGUUCUCAGUGUUUGUGAAAAUGCCAACAAACUGCAACUGGACCAGCUGAAGGAACAUUGCCUUAAUUUUGUGGUGAAGGAGUCACACUUCAACCAGGUGAUUAUGACAAAGGAGUUUGAACAUCUGUCCACCCCUCUGAUUGUGGAGAUAGUCCGACGGAAGCAGCAGCCUCCUCCCAGGUUGUACUCAGACCUGCCUGUGGACAUUGGGACCUCUCUGGUGCAGGACAUGAAGGCGUACUUAGAGGGAGGCGGGUUGGAGUUCUGUGAUAUUAUCCUGCUGUUAGACGGACACCCACGGCCUGCCCAUAAAGCGAUACUGGCAGCACGAUCCAGCUACUUUGAGGCGAUGUUCCGCUCCUUCAUGCCCGAAGACGGUCAGGUGAAUAUCUCCAUUGGUGAGAUGGUCCCAAGUAAACAGGCGUUUGAGUCCAUGCUACGGUACAUCUACUAUGGAGACGUCAACAUGCCUCCAGAGGAUUCCCUCUAUCUGUUUGCUGCACCAUAUUACUACGGGUUUUCAAAUAACCGGCUGCAGGCGUACUGUAAGCAGAAUCUGGAGAUGAACGUCACUGUGGAGAAUGUCUUGCAGAUUCUGGAGGCAGCAGAUAAGACCCAGGCUCUGGACAUGAAGAAGCACUGCCUCCACAUUAUUGUCCACCAGUUCAUCAAGGUAUCCAAGCUCCCCAACCUGAGGUCUCUCAGCCAGCUGCUGCUGUUGGACAUCAUUGAGUCUCUAGCUACACAUAUAUCAGACAAACAGUGUGCUGAGAUGGGCUCCGACAUUUAGGAUGACGUGGAGAGCCAGGUUCUUUUCUCCUCUCACAGAAGCCAUACAUCUCUGCUCCUCCUACUUCUAGUCAUUCCCUCCUCCUUCUCCUUUUCCUCCCCACCUGCAGUACUUCUCUUUAUGUUGAACCUUGCAUGUCUCGACCCCAUAGAUGCCUUCUAUACACCAGUCGUUAUCGCAGUCUGAAUCUCAACCAGAUCUGACAUCAGUGAAGACAAAAGAUUGUUGCAAUUGUUAAAUUCUCUAAAAAAAAUACCUUUUAGAGUCUCAUUUAUUUAUUUUCUAUACACAGAGCAAAACUUGUAUCAUUGUUUUGUCUGCAUAGUAUUGCUGCUGCACUUUUUUAUAGUUAUACCAUAGAAAGUCAUACUCCUGACACUGUAGCAAGUGCUGCAUCUCAUAUUUUUAAUGCAUCUCUAAGGUAAUCUCUCAGUCAUCUAACUGUAACUUAACCAAGUCAUUACACAGAUUAUUUAUUGAAAUCUGUAUUUGUCUCAUGUAUGUUCUCAGCACUGUUGCAUCUAACAGGUCUGGAUUAAAUGCAAGGAAUCAUAAGUCAUUACAAAAUGAUAACAAAAAUAUGCACUGUCUGUGUAAGCUUUUUCAUGUUAAUGUCAUUAUUUAACACUUUGUGAUAAUAACCACUGCUCCUAACAGUCAUGAGUUUACAGAUGUAUCUGUAAAAAUAUAGCAAUGUGUAUCAGUAUGCUGUUAUUAAAUAUAUACCCACAUGUAUUUAAGGCCUUAUUAAAUAAAUCUUGUUUUAAAUUAGUCAUGUUGAA